AUUAAAGAACACUUUGCUUGACAAGGAAGAUGAAACUUUUUAGCUCGAUUUUUGUUAUCCUUCUGGUAUUUUCAUUGCGAGCAAAUUAUAACGUUGAUGCUUGUAAAGCAAUUGGUGAAACAUGUGCAAAAACUAUUUUUGACAGAUGUUGCGAUGGUACUGUAUGUAAACUAAGUGCACCAUUUUAUGGAGAAUGUGUGGAAUGUUUAACUUCAGGAAAUAGAUGUUGGAAACAUUCAGAAUGUUGUUCAGGGUAUUGUAAUUGGUUUACAUGUGGGGAUUUAUAAACAUUAUUGUUUGAUCAAUCAAUAUUUGGGAAGCGAUCGGUUAUUCUGAAAACUUUUUUUAAAGAAUAUAAUUUGUAAUGCAUUAUAA